AUGGCUGCUCCCUCCAGCGCCGUCGCUCAAGCGCAAGCUGCAGCCGCGCUCGCAGCAGAAGAACAAGCCGCAGCAGCAGCGGCCGCAGGGGAGGAGCAGCCGGAGGCAGCGGCGGCAGCGGCGGCACAAGCAGCGGCGGCAGCAGCGGCACAAGCAGCGGCGGCAGCGGCUGCACAAGUAGCGGCGGCAGCAGCAGUGGUGGUGCAUCCUCCUCCCCCUCCCGUCAACCAAAACCCUGAGGUGAACGUGGGAGGAGACCAGCCCGCCGUGAAUCUCAACGCAGUCCUCCAGCAACUUUUGGCUGGUCAACAAGCGCAGGCUGUCUUCAAUGCGAACAUCGCGCAGCAACUGGAGCAAUUGCAUCAGCAGCAACCACCGGUCGCCGCCCCGUUCGCUGGCCAAUUCCUGGCGGAGCCUGCGGGAGGAGUUCUACACCCCCUCCCGGCCAUCGGAGGAGUUCCGCACCCCCACCCGCCCGCUGCUGCUGCCCCGGCUCGCGCGGCCGCGCCCGCCGGUCUGUCGGAGGGCGCGAAGCUGGCGGCCAAGCUUCAGGCGAAUCUGUGGACCACGGACGCGGCCACACCCAAGUGGUUCAUCAUUCGCGGCGGCUUCCACGUCGGGCGCGUCAUGAACAAGGAGCGGCUUACCCUAGCGACUAGAAAAUUCGCUCUCAUCACCGACAAGGCGGCCGCGCAAAUCUCUAAAUUGACGGACUUUGCGGCCGAGCACUUCUUCACCAAGAUGCCAGACGGGGUGCUGCCCACGGCAAUGCCGCCGCAAAUGCAUAUCACGGUGGCGGUGAAAGUGUUUUUCGCAGCUAUCGAAGCCGGCAUGGGGGGGGCGGAUGCUCUCUGCACGGAGCGCGUGAAGAGCCUGCACAGGGAAUUUCUGGCGGUCGAAUCUCAGCUCUCAGCGUACCUUACGCUCCAUUUCGUGGAGCUGGCCGCGUUCCCGGCGAAGACCCGCGACACUGUCUUGGCAGCGUACAACAUUGGUUUCAACGACUUUUUCCACGAUCUAGCGGCGCGGGGCGAGGACUUGCUGCAGGAACAUAGCAACGGCCCCCCAAUGUCGGCCUCCGUCAUUAGCAUGGAGUCGCCGAAGUUCACGAAGCUAAGAAACCUGAUCAAGGAGGAAGAUACUAAUUCCCUCGUCGCGAGGUCAAAGUCAUGGUCCGCGGAGAAGACGGCCCCGCCCACCCCCGCCGCCGCAUCUGCCGCCGCCGCCUCCGCCGGGGAGGAGGGGGGGGGCGCGGGAGCGCCAACUUUGGCCGCGGGGCCGGGGCCGGGAGCGGGACUUGACGGGGCGGGCUCUGCCUUCAGGCAGAGCCGACAUCAGGAGGGAGGGGGUCUCCAGCGCGAGCCGGUUCCCUCUUCGCAGACAUCGGGAGAUCCGUCGGGGUUCCCGGUAUCUCCACACCUGGGUCUGUUUCGCCGACCUGUUUUUACGGUGAGCAAGGGUCGGUACCGCUAUCCUUUGGGUUGGCACUAGAGAGAACCGCAGGGACAGUCGCUCACAGAGCCGCAGGUUCAGAUGUCCGGAUGUUCAGCAAACACACGCCCACCAAUUCGCCGUAGUAGGAACCGCAGGGACAGAUGCUCACGGAGCCACAGGUCCGGAUGUUCACGGCUUCCACAGCUCAGAGUUGGCACUUGUAAGAACCGCAGGGACGGAUGCUCACGGAGCCGCAGGUCCGGAUGUUCAGUGCAAACAC